AGCUUCCAGACUGUGACAGUUAACAGCCGAGAAGAGACAGAAGACGGACUGAAGCACGAUGGUUGAAUUCUGGAUUCAAAUGUCUUCAUUUCUGAUUCUGCUGCUUCACUUUACAGCAGCAGUGACUGGAAAAUCUGUUGUUGUCAGAGUUGGAGAUGAAGUCACUUUGUCUUGUGGAAAUGUGAUUGGUAAUCAGGACAAAUGUGAGCGUACUGACUGGGUCUUCAAUGCUCCAGGAAGCAGAGAAACAGUAGAGCUGAUUAAAAAUGGGCAGAUUGGUGAAGAAGCCAAAUCUAAAUCAGACAGACUGAGUGUUACACAGAACUGUUCUCUGGUUAUAAAGAACGUCACAGAUGAAGAUGUUGGUCUCUACAUUUGCACACAGUUUGAAUCAGGACGUGAAGACAGUUUGGUUGCUCUGUACCCUGUUACCAUGACUGAACACGAGAACAAUGAUGAGGUGACGUUGUCCUGCUCUAUGCAAUGGUGUUAUCACAGAGUGGAGUGGCUGUAUGAGGGUAAAGUUAAAGACAAGGAGACAUCACAGCAUAGGUGCUCAGUUAAUUUGACCUAUAAGAAGCAGGAGUCAAAGAAGUACAAGUCACUUAACUGUGAAGUGAAGGAUCUUACCACUGGACGAGUGCAGCAGUUUCCCUUCAGCCGUCAGACCUCAGGUGAUGCAACAACAACGAUGGCAGCAACAACGAUGGCAGCAACAACGAUGGAGGCAGCAACAACGAUGGUGGCAACAUCACAAGAAGCUCGUGCAGAUUGUUCUGUUCUGGACUACAUCAUGUUGGUCAUGCGUGUGGCUGAACUCCUCCUAAUUACUGUGAUCACUGUUCUUCUCAUCAGAGCUCGAGGGAACCAGAGACCACCUGAAGACAACACGGUUUCAUACUCAGCAAGAAGACGAAGAGUGAUGCGUUCAGGUGCAGCAGACAGUCAGGUGAAUACUGAUGAAGAUGAAGAUGAUGGUGUGGUGAAAUAUGAAAACUGAUCGACCACAUCGACAUCGACUCAUCAGAGAAAAGACUCAGUGCAGUUUAAUGACGUCACAUUAACACGAGUAGUUGAAGCCUUCAGAUGACAAAAAUCU